AGUCUUGUAGUCCUGCGGCAUACACACACGCCCCGUACACAUCGAGUGAGUUAUUAGUUCGACUUUUAAUUUUUUCUCCUUUUUGCUUGGGCUGUUGCUGGCUGUGUCGCUCACGGUGUUUGUCGUUUGUAUUUUUUUUUCUGUCUGAUCGCUGGGACGUGGUCACCUUAUCUUGUCCUCAAGUCUCCUAUCAUCUUUUCUUUUGUGGUCGUUUCUUUGCACGUUCGGGUUCUUUUUUUUCCUUCUUGUUUCUAGUUGCCAUCAACAUGCCCACGGAUCACAAGCCAAAGAUUAUUGUUGCCGCCGUCGUCUCGGCUGCGGCGGUCACCGUCUCCGUCUUCUACGUACUGCACAAAAGCGGCUACACCAAGAAACUCGGCAUGGUGGGCCACCGAUGGGGCGUUGCGCUGAAGAAGCGCAUGUCAUCUUCCGCCGAGGAGGGCGGCAGCACCGCCAAUGGUGGGGCGUCGGCUGGCAGCGGCAUCCGCCCGGUCUCGAAUAUCCCCAAGAAAGGCUACACACGUGAGCAGCUUGAGCAGUACGAUGGCGUGAAGAACGAGCGCAUUCUGAUGAGCGUCAAGAUGAAAGUCUACGAGGUGGCACCGCACUUCUACGGUCCUGGCCAGCACUAUCACAUCUUCGCCGGCACGGAGGCGUCCCGUGCGCUCGCCAAGGCGGACCUCACCGGGAAAUACCUGAACCAGUACUGGGUGAACUGCACGGAGGAGGAGUUGGAGGUGUUGGAGGAGUACGUGGAGAAGUUCAACUUGAAGUACCCGGUGGUGGGCUGGUACGUCCCUGACGAGGCGUUCUACAAGGUCACCGAGUAA